CCCCACUUCCAUCACAACCAUCCCCAUCAAUUAUGAGCGACGACAGCAGAGAUGACGCGCCAUCCUCCUCCUCCUCCUCCUCAUCAGCGCCCGCAGCACCAACAACAUCGUCGACUGCGUUGACCCCACCUCCAUUGAUGCCCUCGUCCUCGCCGCCCGAAGCCCUCCACGCACAAGCGGUCCGCUUCCUCACAUCACUUCGACAUCACUCUCCUGACUCAUCCCUCGAGUCGCAGCGAGAAUUCUUGCGCUCAAAGGGCUUGGGAGAAGAUGCGAUUGAGGCUGCUUUCCGGGAUGCAAAGAGGCCGGAUGGGUUGAGCAAAGCCGGCGAUGGGGAGGGGCAAAAGCAGGCCGCUCGAGCAUCAUCAUCGACAUCGACAUCGUCGCUGAGCGAGCAAUCUGCCUUCGAUCAAGCAGCUCGCGCGUUCGAUGACCCGUUGCAUACGCCUAUGCCAGAUGUUCCCUCGCGCAACUAUCCGCGCUCGCCCCUGGCCCUCUACUACGACGAUGACGAGCGGGACAAUGCUGCGCUCGCUGCCGCAGGAGGCAAUCUCGAAGAAGCGAUUCGACGACAGGAGAAGGCUCGACGGUACAAUGUGUUGCUCUCAUUUUUCAGAACCCUUUGCUACCUCUUCACACUCGGUGGGGCUCUCACUGGGGUAGCCGUGUUGCUCUACCGGUCCUUCGUCCUACCUCGUCUGGCUUCAACCUUGAACGGGCGAAGCUUCCUGCUGAAACACCACGUCGGGCUGUGGGACAAUGUUGUUGGUUCGGUCAGAGCGCUGAAGGGAGGAGCGGCUGGUGCUGGUAUGGGGCCGGAGGGACUUAGAAAGGCGGUCACAAAGGCCGAGGUGGAGGCGGAGGGACCUAGGAAGGGAAGCAGCGAGAGACGCAGCAGCCUUACUAAGAAGGUGCAAUUCGCUGAUGAGGUAGAUGGGGGGAGCUUAGAGCAGCAUCAGGCUGGAGAGACGGAGCCCCUCUUGCCGAAGAAGGUAACGCAGAUGAGCAGCACUGAUGAGGACAAGGAGAAGCAGGGCAAGAAGGAGGGCGCUGUACAGGAUGACGAGAAGGCCACGCUCAAAGCAGAGGGCCAAGAGGACGGCGAGCAGACCGCUGAGGAGGAGGCGGCCAAGCAGCAAGAGCUCGAGCCCAUCGACGUGUGCGCUCCCAUCCGCGAGUCCCUCGCCGCGCUCGUGCAGAGACUUCGUCAGGACAGGCAGGACGAUGCCGCAAGCUCAUCGGUCGCCGCCCGCGCCACGACGGUACAAGACGAGGAAGUCGAAGAGGGCAGCGAUGCCAGCGGAGGCAGCUGGGAGGAUGAAGAGGAAGAUGUGGAGUUCGACCCCUUCGUUGAGGUCCACGGCGCCUCCUCGUCAGCGGACAAGAAGAAGAGCAAGACGGCCAAGAAGGCCGGCUCUGGGAGCAAGGCGAAGAAGAGUACCUCAACCACCCCUCCCUCAUCAUCCGCUGCGAACGUUUCCCCCCCCGACUCACCCCUCUAUACCUCCCUCUCUUCGCUCAACGCAAGCGUCACCGCCCGCCUCAUUGCCUCAUCAAGCGCUGCUCGCUCCUCCUCGCGUCAUCAGACUGCCUUCUCCUUUGGUCUUCCUGCUCCAGCUUCGUCAUCUGACAAGAAGCAAGAAGCCACAGGAGAGGACAAGACUGCGGAACUCAGUGCACAGAUCAAGGCGGAGAUUCGUUCAUUGAAGGGAUUGAUGCUCAGUAGGAGGAACUUCCCUAGGGCCAAUUUGGCAGUGGCUAGUGGGAAGGAGUGAUGAUCGGGUAGCUCGAGGACGCGUAAUAAGCACGACGGCCAUCUUCUGUACGUUACUGGCGUCCUCUUCUCAUCGGUCCAUUGCACCGGAUCAUUGUAAUUCCGCUCUUGCGCGACGCGAGAUCAAUGCCUUGCCCUCUGAUGCAAUCGACAAGUAGCCAUUCUUGCCUGUGCC